CACUAGAAUUCCCUCGAUCCAUCUUCUCACCUGUCUUCCAAAUCCUAUAUAUACCCACAUUUCAUUAUCCUUGUCAACAUCCAAAGAAAAACAAGCACAAAAGAUUCUUUGUAAAACUCUCCAAAAACAUCAAGUCUUUGUUUCUUGAAUUUUUUCAAUCUCUGUCAUGGCUAAAACUGAAGGAAAGGCAAUUGGCAUUGACCUUGGCACAACUUACAGUUGUGUUGGUGUAUGGCAAAACGAUCGUGUAGAAAUAAUUCCAAAUGAUCAAGGCAACAGAACAACUCCAUCAUACGUAGCAUUCACAGAUACUGAAAGGCUUAUUGGUGAUGCAGCUAAAAACCAAGUGGCAAUGAACCCAACAAACACUGUUUUCGAUGCUAAACGUCUUAUUGGCCGACGUUUUUCUGACACUACAGUACAGGCAGACAUGAAACAUUGGCCAUUUAAGGUUGUUCCAGGACCUGGUGACAAGCCUAUGAUUGUUGUGAAUUUUAAAGGUGAAGAGAAACAGUUUGCUCCUGAGGAAAUUUCUUCUAUGGUUUUGAUAAAGAUGAAGGAAACUGCUGAAGCUUUCUUGGGACAAAAUGUGAAGAAUGCUGUGGUUACUGUUCCAGCAUACUUUAAUGAUUCUCAGAGACAAGCUACUAAAGAUGCAGGGGCUAUUGCAGGGUUGAAUGUAAUCAGGAUUAUUAAUGAGCCAACUGCAGCUGCAAUUGCUUAUGGUUUGGACAAGAAGGCUUCAUCAAAGGGUGGUGAAAAGAAUGUUUUGAUCUUUGAUCUUGGUGGUGGAACUUUUGAUGUUUCACUGCUUACAAUUGAAGAAGGGAUUUUUGAAGUCAAAGCCACUGCUGGUGACACACAUUUAGGUGGUGAAGAUUUUGACAACAGGCUUGUGAACCAUUUUGUGCAAGAAUUCAAGAGGAAGAACAAGAAAGACAUUAGCAGUAAUGCAAGGGCUUUGAGAAGGCUGAGGACUGCUUGUGAGAGGGCUAAGAGGACUUUGUCGUCGACUUCUCAGACAACUAUUGAGAUCGAUUCCCUCUACGAAGGGAUCGAUUUCUAUGCUACUAUUACAAGAGCAAGAUUUGAGGAAUUGAAUAUGGAUUUGUUCAGGAAAUGUAUGGAACCAGUGGAGAAAUGUUUGAGGGAUGCCAAGAUUGACAAGAGCCAAGUUCAUGAUGUGGUUCUUGUUGGUGGUUCGACUAGGAUUCCGAAAGUUCAGCAACUUUUACAAGAUUUCUUUAAUGGUAAGGAGCUUUGCAAGAGUAUUAAUCCGGACGAGGCUGUGGCUUAUGGAGCUGCAGUUCAAGCAGCAAUUUUGAGUGGAGAAGGUGAUCAAAAGGUUCAAGAUUUGCUGCUUCUUGAUGUCACUCCUCUUAGUCUUGGUAUUGAAACUGCUGGUGGUGUGAUGACAACCUUAAUUCCAAGAAACACUACCAUUCCGACCAAGAAAGAACAGAUUUUUUCCACCUACUCAGACAAUCAACCAGGUGUACUAAUUCAGGUGUAUGAAGGAGAGAGAUCCUUAACCAAGGACAACAACCUUCUUGGUAAAUUUGAGCUAAAGGGUAUCCCACCGGCACCAAGAGGGGUCCCACAGAUCAAUGUCUGUUUCGACAUUGAUGCGAAUGGUAUUCUUAAUGUGUCAGCUGAAGACAAGACUGCUGGUGUGAAGAACAAGAUUACUAUUACAAAUGACAAGGGAAGGUUGAGUAAAGAAGAGAUUGAGAAAAUGGUUCAAGAAGCCGAGAGAUACAAGGCUGAGGAUGAGGCAAUGAAGAAGAAAGUGGAGGCGAAAAACGCGUUAGAGAACUAUGCAUAUAACAUGAGGAAUACUGUUAAGGAUGAGAAAAUUUCUGGGAAGUUGGAUCCUUCUGAUAAGCAGAAGAUUGAGAAGACUGUUGAUGAAACAAUUGAAUGGUUGGACAGGAACCAACUGGCUGAAGUAGAUGAAUUUGAAGACAAAUUGAAGGAGUUGGAGAAUUUUUGCAAUCCAAUUAUUGCAAAAAUGUAUCAAGGUGGUGCAGGUGGAGAUGUGCCAAUGGGUGACACUGGAGCUGGUUAUGGUAAGGCAGGAUCUGGAAAUAGUGGUGCAGGGCCAAAAAUUGAGGAAGUUGAUUAAAGAUUGAGUAAUUGUAUUGAUGUUGUCACUACUUUCAGGCAAAAG